GCCCUUUUACAGGCUAAUUGCAUAAUUCAUUCGCAUAACUAUUUCAUUCUCAUUUUUGUCACAAUGAUUAUCAUCAUCAUUUGAACGGAUGUCAUCACUGUGCUCACUCGGAACUUUUCGUAUCUGUGCACUUAAUCGAAAGAUAUUCCCUCUUGGACUUCCUCACACUUGGGUGCCAUAAAAAUUCAGAGAAGGUGGCUCCCCCUAGAAAAAGCACUCGAUAACCGACACGCCCAUGACAUUACUUGAGGUAUGCCCUUAUUCGUUACAAAGAUGUGGCUGACCUGGUCACUAGAGCGCAGAAGAACCUAGCUUGCUGUGACUCACGGGAAGGGAGGGUUAUGAAAUUACAAGAGUCGAGUAUGGUGCGCCCCAGUAAGUUGUUUCAGCGGUACAGUUGAAUACCUUCUCUUCAAUGACAUCUUCUAUCUGACAGGCUGAACUGGCCAAUAACAUCAUCCGCGUGAAAGCACCAAUGCUAAACAAAAUCGCAAUGGCAAUACAGCUCACAGACGGGAUGAGGGCGGGAGUCAUAGUGGCCAAGUUUCGCCGAAGACCCGGGGAGGACGCGGAGGGAUCAGAACCACGGCUAUCAGACAGACGGCACAAGAGGGGCGUCAUGUCCCCCGAGUACAGGAACUGCGUCAACCCGCAUGACAACAACAAGUUUGCACACGAUAGGGACCACUUGUAUGAGGUCGGAGGCAACAUAGGGGAGCGUUGUCUUGACAACGACAUCAACAUGAAGGCGCUGUACAAAGUGGAUCCCCACGCCGAAUGGAUAAUAAAGCCGCGCUCGGAUUACGAGUAAACGCCGAGAAGCAUCCGAACAAUCCUCGAAGCCAUAACGUGGCAAAAGAUGCUCUCGUAUUUUCGGACGGUAGGCCUUGAACAAUCUUCGAACUCGACGAAAUAACCCAGAGGAUUAUGGACGAACGUGGACGCUCUCCAAAACUAUUGCAAACAUCGUAAAUUAAGCAA